AUGACAAAGUGGUUAGCUGCCGAGUUGUGUGGCGAUAAGGAGACAUCACAGAGAGGCAGAUUCCAGCAAUCAGGAGACAUCGCAGAGAGGCAGAUCCCAGCAAUCAGGAGACAACGCAGAGAGGCAGAUCCAAGCGAUCAGGAGACAUCACAGAGAGGCAGAUCCCAGCAAUCAGGAGACAUCGCAGAGAGGCAGAUCCAAGCAAUCAGGAGACAUCGCAGAGAGGCAGCUCCCAGCGAUCAGGAGACAUCGCAGAGAAGCAGAUCCCAGCGACCAGGAGACAUCGCAGAGAGGCAGAUCCCAGCGAUCAGGAGACAUCGCAGAGAGGCAGAUCCCAGCAAUCAAGAGACAUCACAGAGAUGCAGAUUCAGGCGAUCAGGAGACAUCACAAAGAGGCAGAUCCCAGCAAUCAGGAGACAUCACAGAGAGGCAGUUCCCAGCAAUCAGGAGACAUCACAGAGAGGCAGAUCCCAGCAAUCAGGAGACAUCUCAGAGAGGCAGAUUCCAGCAAUCAGCAGACAUCGCAGAGAGGCAGAUCCCAGCAAUCAGGAGACAACGCAGAGAGGCAGAUCCAAGCGAUCAGGAGACAUCGCAGAGAGGCAGAUCCCAGCAAUCAGGAGACAUCGCAGAGAGGCAGAUCCAAGCAAUCAGGAGACAUCGCAGAGAGGCAGCUCCCAGCGAUCAGGAGACAUCGCAGAGAAGCAGAUCCCAGCGACCAGGAGACAUCGCAGAGAGGCAGAUCCCAGCGAUCAGGAGACAUCGCAGAGAGGCAGAUCCCAGCAAUCAAGAGACAUCACAGAGAUGCAGAUUCAGGCGAUCAGGAGACAUCACAAAGAGGCAGAUCCCAGCAAUCAGGAGACAUCACAGAGAGGCAGUUCCCAGCAAUCAGGAGACAUCACAGAGAGGCAGAUCCCAGCAAUCAGGAGACAUCUCAGAGAGGCAGAUUCCAGCAAUCAGCAGACAUCGCAGAGAGGCAGAUCCAAGCAAUCAGGAGACAUCGCAGAGAGGCAGAUCCAGGCGAUCAGGAGACAUCGCAGAGAGGCAGAUCCCAGCAAUCAGGAGACAUCGAAGAGUGCCAGAUCCUGGCGAACAGGAGACAUCGAAGAGAGCCAGAUCCCGGCGUUCAGGAGACAUCGAAGAGAGCCAGAUCCAGGCGAUCAGGAGCCAUCGAAGAGAGCCAGAUCCCGGCUAUCAGGAGUCAUCGAAGAGUGCCAGAUCCAGGCGAUCAGGAGCCAUCGAAGAGAGCCAGAUCCCGGCGAUCAGGAGCCAUCGAAGAAUGCCAGAUCUCGGCGAUUAUGA